AUGUGUGGCGGACAAGUCGAAUGGGUCUCAUGUAGCCAUGUGGGACAUAUUUAUCGAGGACCACGUACACGAAGUAUGCAUCCUCAUGGUGCAAAUCAUUUUCAGAGUCAUAUCAAUCAUUUGCGAGUCUGGAUGGAUGAUUACAAGAAAUACUAUUUACGUCGUCAACCAAGUCAUGGCCAUCUGGAAAUCGGUGAUACGAGUGCCUAUAAAGCUCUCCGACAACGUUUGAAUUGCUCCAGUUUUCAAUGGUUUAUGGAUAAUGUAGCGUAUGAAAUGAAGGACAAAUAUCCUGUCCCACCUGAAAAUGUCGUGUGGGGUGAAAUGCGCAAUGACCAGCAUAGCACUUCAUGCGCCGACACGCUCGGCAAAGGAUUCGGUUCGAUCAUCGGUGUCUCAGGAUGUCAUUCUCAAGGCGGAAACCAAUUGUUUCGUUUGAAUGCAGAAGGCGAAUGGUCAAUGGACGAACGUUGCUAUGUUUCUCAGGGAACUUCCAUUGUUUCACGAUUUUGCGUGAACAAUGGCAGAUGGAUUCCUAAAGGCGAAUGGAAUUACGACAACAACACUCGACAAAUCCGUUCGAAUACAGUCGAUAAAUGUGUAACAACUGACGGCAAAACUUUAUUCCUUGAAACCUGUCAAGCCAACAACACAGCACAAACAUGGAAAUGGAAAGAAAUCUAUCUAGGAUAA